ACAACUUCAUUGUAGACAUUUCGCCGCCGCUGCAGCGCAACGGGCACCGGCUCAAAGUCAAACUUUACAUUACGGUAUAAAAUUUCGCACGUGAACGUUUUGUGCUAGGUUUAGUCAAUACUAUCAUUCAUUAUCUUACAAAUAAUUUGUAUAUAUAUAUGAUUGGCUUGAUCUUCGUGUGGCAUUCCAAUUGAAUAAUUAUUGCGUGCACCGUCAAUUUUCUACAGUGGUCAGUGUGAAGUGUUUUAUUUAUUUUGAAAUUGCUACAAUAUGCACUUGGUAACUCCCAAGUUUUCUUACAUGUAAUCAAUAAAAUCUAUGGAAUACCUAAUACAUACCUAAUACCUAUCUAGGCUUUUUCUACGCUCCAAAAUCCUGUGUCAAUUUGUCAACGUCAGUAAAUAACAGUGAAGCGAAUAUACUGGAUACAGAUACAGCCAAUGAUUAAAACAGUUAAAAUGGCACCAAAUUCAUCUGACGUAAAUGGAGUGCUUUUUGAAAGCGAUGCAGCUACACCAGACAUGGCACUUCCAACUGCACCCAUACAAAAGGCAGAUAACUAUCCUAGAAAACUGGUCUGGAGAAAUAUCAUUGCAUUUGCAUAUUUACAUUUGGCUGCUAUUUAUGGAGGAUAUCUAUUCCUAUUUUCUGCGAAGUGGCAAACUGACAUAUUUGCUUAUGUCCUAUAUGUAAUGUCUGGACUUGGAAUAACAGCUGGUGCCCAUCGUCUUUGGGCGCACAAAUCUUACAAAGCAAAAUGGCCUCUACGACUCAUCCUUGUUAUCUUCAACACAUUGGCUUUCCAGGACUCGGCGAUAGACUGGGCGCGCGACCACCGCAUGCACCACAAGUACUCGGAGACGGACGCGGACCCGCACAACGCGACGCGCGGCUUCUUCUUCUCGCACAUCGGCUGGCUGCUCGUGCGCAAGCACCCGGAGCUCAAGCGCAAGGGCAAGGGGCUCGACCUGAGCGAUCUGUACGCGGACCCGAUACUUCGCUUCCAGAAGAAGUACUACAUGAUCUUGAUGCCUAUCGCGUGUUUCGUAUUGCCAACCGUGAUCCCGGUGUACCUUUGGGGCGAGUCGUGGCUCAACGCGUACUUCGUGGCCGCCAUGUUCCGCUACGCCUUCAUCCUGAACGUCACGUGGCUGGUGAACUCCGCUGCCCACAAGUGGGGCGAUAAACCAUACGACAAGAGCAUCCAGCCGUCGGAGAACAUCUCCGUGGCCAUAUUCGCGCUCGGCGAAGGCUUCCACAACUACCACCACACCUUCCCGUGGGACUACAAGACGGCCGAGCUGGGAAACAACAGGAUGAAUUUCACCACCACGUUCAUCAACUUCUUCUCGAAGAUCGGCUGGGCUUACGAUCUGAAGACCGUUUCGGAUGAGAUAGUGCAAAGCAGAGUGAAGCGCACCGGCGACGGCACCCACCCGCUGUGGGGCUGGGGGGACAAGGACCACGCCAAGGAGGAAAUGGACGCCGCCAUCAGAAUCAACCCGAAGGACGAAUAACUCCAACUAGCAUAAGAUUUUAAUUAUUUAUAGUGAGCAUCGGAGUGAUGAACGUUAGAAUUUAUCGAAUCUAAAGAUCGGUCUAUGAGCGCCGCUUCUAUUCGCUUUGUAAGUCUAUUCGAAUACUUAAUUUAUGUUCGCUGUCGAAUAUCGAUGUAGUAUAUUUUCGCUUGUAGUAUUUCUUAGUUAUUAUUUGCGCACUGAUUUCUGAGACUGUGAACGAGAUAUAAUAGUUUUAAGUCGUAAUAACCAUUGUAACACGCUGCGUGCAUCGGGUGGCGCGGGGAUUACGAUAACCCGCUUGUGAUAUUUUAUUGUUUACCACAAACUGUUUUCGCAUAAAAUAUAUUUUUACUAACCUUUUAAUAACUGAUUUUAUUCCAAAUAGAAGUAUAGUAUCUGUAAUAUUCCCGUGUGCGCAGCGCGAUAAUGUGUAGAUAACACAUCAGUAUUAGCACCACAGACUAAUAGAUCAAGUUUAUCGCUAGUCUCUAUUUGCAUUUUAACGAACUAAAACAUUGGUCGCUGGUUAUAUACGACUCCUUUAAUAAAUCCGCACAUUUGUUAACGAUAAUACAAUGUAGUUAAGUGGUUUUAAGACAUAAAAUGUUUUGAAUGGCAUUGCCGCAACGCUAGUAUCCUGGUUACUUGCGUGGGAUGUUGGAGAGGCAUCGUUAAUGUGUAUGACUGAUGUGUGCAAAGGAUUGUGAUAUUUAGAAUUAUGAAUAAUGUGUAGAUCGAAAAAUAAUAACACGAUUUCGAAAAUAUUUAUUUUAAUUAAUGUAGAGGCAAAAUAAACAUACUAAUUACAUUAAUCGUUAUUUAUCGUUCGCACUCAGUGUUUUAUUUAUAUAACUAUUAUGCUGGACAUAUAGUUUAGUAAUUGUAAAAUUAUAACACUGCAAAAAUGA